UAUUGAAAAAAAAUAUCGAUAUCCGACAAUCGAUAUUUCUCAUCAAUGGUUAUCGAUGUAUCGAUAUUUUUAAAAAAAUAUCAAUAUAUCGAUAUCCAAGUCAUAAGCGGGAUAAUUUAAAUUGAAGAUUUUAGUGACCUUUGGUGGAACUCUAAAAAAGAUAUUUAAUUGUUUUUAAAGUUGAUCUGAAAGUUUUAGGGAAUUAGUUUUAUCAUCUUUUCGUUUGUUAAUUAUAAUUAACUAGGAUAAUGAACUGUUAUGCUUCAAAACCCUCGUCAGAAAUGACAUUUAGUUUACAUUUUUCAAUCAAUCAUGAAUCGCCUUAUUGUGUUGAAGGGUUAAGUUUAUCAAUCUAUGUAAAGCUCAUGAAUUCUAAUAAAGAUGCAAGGAAAUUUGCUAUGGAUUUAAUGAAGGAAAACAAAAUUCCGAAAUCUGUAAAUGAACAUAUUAUAAUUAUCAUUUUUUUUAUUCUUACAGUAAACGAAUCACUGAUGAUGAUGAUGAAGAAGAAAUCUAAGAUAGAUUCACUACGUCCUUCGUGUCCAAUAUUACUAAUAUUUACUCAAUUUUACAAACUUGUAUAA